AUGUCCGCAUCCAUCGUCUCGCGUCCCUGCCUCGCGGCGGCGGCCGCGUCCCGUGCGCGCCUCGUCUCUAGGGCGGCGCGCGCCUCGACCGCGUCGUCGUCGUCCAACGACAAGCUCCACGCCCGGGCCCAUCCGAUCCAGGUCCGCGGGCUCGCGCAGAUCGCCCGCGCCAAGAAGGGCGGGUUCAUGGCCGAGAUGGAGGAGGCCAAGGCGGAGGAAUCCGGCGCCAAGGUCGAGUUCACCCUGCCCCUCGCCAUCCAGAAGUACCCCCACGCGUCGCUGCGAAACGACAACAAGAUCGUCGGCGUCUUCGACUCCGACCUCGAGAAACUCGCGCAGGCGAUGUUCAAGAUCAUGUACGACACCGAAGGCGUCGGUCUGGCCGCCCCACAGGUUGGCGUGAACUACAGGAUGAUGGUGUACAACGAGGCUGGCGAGCCCGGACGGGGGAAGGAGGUGGUGUUGGUCAAUCCCAAGAUCGUCAAAUUCUCAAAGACGAAGGACCUGUUCGAAGAGGGGUGCCUGAGCUUCCCGAAGAUCUACGCCGACGUGGAGAGACCCACCAGCGUGCAGGUGGAGGCGCAGAACCUGCGGGGCAAGAAGUUCAAGAUGACCCUCGACGGCUUCGAGGCCAGGGUGUUUCAGCACGAGUACGACCACCUCGACGGGGUGCUGUUUCACGACAGGAUGACGGACGAGGUUCGGGGUACGGUUCAGGGCGAGCUCGACGCCCUGAUCGAAGCGCACCCGGCGAACGAACCCAAGGGCGUGUGA